CCACAACAAGCCAGCAAUGUCUACCUUCAUCGAUCCUCCCAAACCCACCUCCACAAAGAAGAUCACGAUCUUGGUCGUGGAUGACGACGCCACUUCUUUAGCAAUCGUUGCUGCGAUGCUAAGGCAAUGGCAUUACGAAGUGACGACGGCCAGAAGCCCUCAUGAUGCCCUGUUCACCCUUCGUGCACGUCCAGGCAUCGACCUUGUGGUCACUGACCUGCAUAUGCCUCACAUGGAUGGCCUCCAACUCCACAGACAAAUUAAUGAAGAAUUCAAAUUACCAGUCAUUAUCAUGUCUUCUGAUGACAAAGAAAGUGUCAUGUUACACUGCUUAGCAUGUGGAGUUGUGUUCUACAUAGUCAAGCCAGUGUACCCAGAUGACCUCAAGAAUGUAUGGCAGUAUGCCAUUCAAGCUAAGAGUGGAAAAGCCCCCAUCAUUGAAGAGGUUGAAAGCUCGGAAGGAGAAUCAUCACAGGAUAAUAGUAAGACAACUCCAGCUGAUGAUCAACCCCAGGGAGAAAAUUCUGGGUCGUCUUCAGUGAAUAAUAUCGAUGGUGAUAAGCAAGCCAAAAAUGAUGACAAAAAGAAAAGAAAGGGGAAGCGUAUUGUUGAAAAGAAAAAAACUUUUGGGCCCAGGAAGGCGAAGGUGGUGUGGACUAAUUCUCUUCAUAAUCGGUUUUUGCAAGCCAUCAGGCACAUUGGUUUGGAUAGAGCCGUUCCUAAGAAGAUACUUGACUGCAUGAACGUUCCAGGUUUAACAAGAGAAAACGUUGCUAGUCACUUGCAGAAGUACCGGAUCUUUUUGAAACGGGUUGCGGAAAAAGGAUUGUGCCCAUCAAAGACACUAACAGAAAGGGCUCUCCGGUCAACCUUUGCCGCUUGUCAUGCAAUGAUGCUCCAAAAUGCUCAACAACAACAGAUGGGAGGACUAAAUUUCCAACCAGGAUAUGAAGGAUAUGGGGGUAGCAACACGCUUACAUCAACUCCAAUUCCAAAUUCCAGUUCUAACUUUCUGACUCUUCGGUUUCCUGGUCAAGCAGCCUCAGGUAGCAGCAGCGGCAGCAACCCUCCAACUGGACCUAGCCUCCCCGGACACCAGUAUGGGUAUGGACAGUCAAGCUUGUGGUACAAUCAGGGCAACAUGCAGCAGCCUCUGUUUGGCAAUACAAUUUCUCUUAAUUAUCAAGCUAAUCAUCCUAGUUUCAGGGUUGGAUCAAGUAAUUAUGGGUCUAAUUUCUCAGGAAAUGGAGGGAUGAUUAAUCCUAGUCCCAAUGGUCUUAUCAAUGGUGCAAAUUUGAAUCCAAUGCACGUGUACCCUCAACAGGGUACUCAAGCAAGAACCAAUAUUUACAAUGCUGGUAAUGGCAUUAACUCCUUUGCUCUAUACCAAUUUGGGGCAUCUGACUUUACUCAUUUCGGUGCUCCAAACCCUAGAAGCCAAGGUAACACCUAUAGUGGAACUAGGAUGACCAGAAAUGGAGAGUUUGGAUUAGAUCAGUUCCAAUUUAAUAACACUACUAAUGAUAGUGCUAGCACUGGUGGCUAUGGCAAUGGAAACAUGAAUGUUGCCUCAAUGUUGGGGAAUGGAAAUUCUAGUAAUGUGGUUCAAGGAAGUUCCUUUUCUGCUGGGUUUGAUCAGGUUCCAAACCAAAUGUCAUCAUCAUUACCAACCUUAGCAACAAACAACCAUACUUCCCAGCUGCCACAUACGCAAGAGGGACUCUUUGGCCAUGGAGCAGGUGGUGAAAAUGAAUUCAAUUUGGAUAAUUUCCUAAAUAAUGCAUCUCUCUUUGAUGACAACGUUAUUGUCAAUCUCUUUGAUUCAACCAACUUGGAGUUCCCUAAUCAGCAACAAGGCGCGGACAAUUUGGGUGAUCUAAAUCAGAUUGUAAACCAAACUCUGAAUCCUAGCUUGUCUGACACUACUGGAUCAUGUUUAGUUGAUGGAAACCAUUCUUGGAACGAACAAGCUAUUGGUCAGGCAACUCAGAAUCAAAUUCAAGGAGGAGAUCAGCUGGUGAACAACAGCACCCCUGGUGGCAACAUAUCUCCCUUGGUGCAGCUAUUGUUUGAUCAGAAUGCUAACCAGCCACAAAAUGGAGGAGAAAUCACCAAUCUCGGAGUCAACAACAGACAUCUCAUGAACAAUGCAUCUCAGAACCAGGGUUCGGGGGAUGAUUUCUUGGAUUUCUUAUUCGGAUUUGGCCGUUGAAGAGAUGAUGUAUGGGAUUUUUUGCAACUCUGAAUGCAGCCGUGAAGGAUGAGGAGAGGAAUUAACUUGGUAUAUAGCAAAAUUUGAUAUAUAUAAACAGGAAGUCAUAUGUGAUACUUAAUAUAGUAAUACUAGUUCU